GUGGGUGAGUUCCGGUAUUUCAGGGCGGAGCAGGCGGAAGUAGGGUGAGAAGCGGCUACAAGCCGAGCGGAGGAGGUAGGACCCCGAAUUCCAGAAGCAGCUGGGUGGGCACCAUGGCCGGGAUCACCACCAUCGAGGCGGUGAAGCGCAAGAUCCAGGUUCUGCAACAGCAGGCGGAUGAUGCCGAGGAGAGGGCCGAGCGCCUCCAGCGGGAAGUGGAGGGAGAAAGGCGGGCCCGGGAGCAGGCUGAAGCCGAGGUGGCCUCCUUGAACCGCAGGAUCCAGCUGGUUGAAGAGGAGCUGGACCGUGCUCAGGAGCGCCUUGCCACUGCUCUACAGAAGCUAGAGGAAGCAGAAAAGGCUGCUGAUGAGAGCGAGAGAGGGAUGAAGGUGAUUGAAAACCGGGCUCUAAAAGAUGAAGAAAAGAUGGAACUUCAGGAAAUCCAGCUAAAGGAAGCGAAGCACAUUGCGGAAGAGGCAGACAGGAAGUAUGAAGAGGUGGCUCGUAAGUUGGUGAUUAUUGAAGGAGACUUGGAACGCACAGAGGAACGGGCCGAGCUGGCAGAGUCCCGUUGCCGAGAGAUGGAUGAGCAGAUCAGACUGAUGGACCAGAACCUGAAGUGUCUGAGUGCUGCUGAAGAAAAGUACUCUCAGAAAGAAGACAAGUAUGAAGAGGAGAUAAAGAUUCUUACUGACAAACUCAAGGAGGCAGAGACCCGUGCCGAGUUUGCUGAAAGAUCGGUAGCCAAACUGGAAAAGACCAUUGAUGACUUGGAAGACGAACUCUAUGCCCAGAAACUGAAGUACAAGGCCAUUAGCGACGAGCUGGACCACGCCCUCAAUGACAUGACCUCUAUAUAAACUGCCACGUUUCUGCUCUGUUCUGGAUCUACCCCCUUUCCUUGGGGAACCCAACACCCCACUCGCUCUGGAUUCCAUUUGGGUCAGCCUGGCUGGUUCCCAAAGCCUUAGGGCUGGGGGGGGGGCACAAAGCAAUUUACAUACUUGCUUUCACCCCAUCCCAAAUUAAAAUGUUAAGCUGCCAGAAGCCUCGUGCCCUCUGCACUUGUUAUUGACAAAACUGUUAAGGAGCCUCUGGUGUGCUGUAAGCACAUUCUGGUUUAUGUAUAAUCAAAGCUACUUCUCUGUGUGUGUUUCUUCUUGACACUUAAACUUGCUGAUUGGAGUCUUGUCAGUGGUGAACUGGUAAAAGCUCCUCAUGGUAGGAAGUCUAAUGUUACUCCUUACAUCCAUCUCAAGCCUUUGACUUCCAAGUUCUUAAACAGUCAAUCUGGAGCAUUUUCACUUUUUUAGGCCCCUUUCCCAUAUAGUACGGUCAGCAGACCAUUGAAUUAUUUCCUAAUAUGCUACCCUUUUGCUAAAGAUUCAGACAUUACAUCCUCAGAGCACAUUUGUGCUCUGUGUGAUCCAUUCUUACAUUUAAAUAAUUCUGUCAUCCCAAGUCACAGAAAAACAUGUAACAUAGCGGGUUGAAUUCUCAGUAAAUGUGCCUUCCGUCUUUAAGCCUUUCUCACUUAUUUGAGGCUGCUACCAUUUGUUCAGCUUUAUUUUCUAGUGGGAGAUCACCAACACACACACACAGAUGAUUGGGAAAAUGUACACAUGGGGAUAAUGACUUACUAUUAAAUUUCUACUAGUGAAAUUCUGGGUAUUUGUAGAAUUGAAUGUCCGCACUUCAGGGUUCGUUCUAUACAGCAGAUACAUUUGACAUUAUAGAUAAAUGUUGCAUAGUAUUUCAGUUUCUUGUCAAAGUAUGAUUUGAAACGUAUUUUUCUUCUCAGCAUCCAGUGUGGUUGAUGUGGCACAGGGGGAGAACACUCACUCAGUGUUUGAGCCCCAGUGCAACAAAGAAAGGGGGGGGAGAGAAAGGAAAGAUAGAGCUAGGUGGAGAAGUGUUCCCCGGUCUAAGUCUCCAGCAAAGCACACCCCAUUACCUGUACUGUCUUCCUGCCACAUGGCCUGACGUUGUUUAGCUACCCUGUUCCGGUGGCGGAUCACUCCAGAUGGGGAACUGCCUGCACGCUCUGUAAGGGGAGAGCACAAGCCCAAAGUCCAAGCUGCAGGGUGAGCUGCAGAUAGGAAAGUUUGGGAGCUAAAUGGGAGGGGCACUGAUUCCAUGAUUGCUCCCAAAUUGGAAUUUUUGAGCUCUUUGUCAUUUUGAGAUAGUUUUGCACUAGCCCAGGCUGUCCUAGAACAGUAUGUGCCCAAGCUGCUCUUGAGCUCACAGCAGUCCUGCCUCUGCCCUUCUGAGACAUGCUCCACCCCUGUACCAGAUUUGGAUGACAUUUGUUCAUGUUGUCUGGGUGAUAAAGAUUCUGAACACAGCCUUUACCUCUGAACUACAUCACCAGCCUCAAGACUGAUUUUUAAUGAGCAGAAACAAGGUUUAACACGUGCAUGCACACGCACGCACGCACGCGCGCGCACACACACACACACACAGAGCUAGGGAAAGACACAGCAGUUGUGAAGGUAGAUUUGGGAGGCAGAUUUGCUAAAAGUGCUGCUGGGAAGCUUUGUGGUUGGGUAGGAGAUGGAAAUGCCACGGUGGUGUGUGAAUAAGAGUGCUAUGGCAUGAGCACCGCCCUCCUAAGAAGAGUUCAUCUGAAAACUAAGAGAAGGAAGGUUGUUGAAUCUGGGCAAGCCUGUAGUCCCAGCACGACAGAGGGAGGCAGAUCUCUGUGAGUUCAAGGCCAGCCUGAAUGAGUUUCUGGACAGCCAGUACUACACAGAGAAAUCAUAUCUCUGAAAAACAAAACAAAAAAGACCGAAUCUAUUAAAACGGACUGGAGAGAUGCCUCAGUGGGUAAGAGCACUGACUGCUCUUCUGGGGAUCUGGGUUUACUCUCCAGCACCCAAAUGUCAGUGCACAACUGUAAAUCUAAGACCUGACAUCCUAACACAGGCAUACCUGCAGGCAAAACACCAAUGCACACACAAACAAAUAAAUAAAGGAAGCUUCAAGGCCGCAUCAAACUAUGUAACAAGACCCUGAAUCAAAAUACGCAAGGCAGGGUAUGGUGUUAUAUACUUUUAAUCCUAGCAGUGGAUCUCUGGUGGGAUUCUGUCUUUAAAAACAAAAUCUAACUUUUCCAAUUAAUAAUUAGUAUAUAUAUGUGUGUGGGUAUAUUGGAGUGAGAACAAAUUAGCAAAAUGUGCCUGCCCCAAGUUGCAGACAUUUGCAUACCAUUUUCUGUGGUCACUGUCACAUUGGCCUGUUACCCGUGUUCUCUUCAAAGUCACCCUGGGAGCAUGUUUUAUUUAAAGUCCACACAGGCAUGCUAUGAGUGCACACACCAUUAGCCGUGGAUCUGCCAUGCUUUAGGAAAUCCUAGGUGAGGCUGCAGGUUUCUGGGGGUGACUGGGACUUGUGCUCGAGCAGUAGUGGUAGGAAGGUAACACUGAAGCUGCCUUCUUAUUCGUCUGCUGGCAUCUCGCUUUGUAGCCCAGGCUAACCCGAGACUCAACAGUCCUCUGACCUCAGUCUCUAAUGCUGGGUUCCAGGCAUGUGCAGCCCUGCUGGUGAGGUGGACACUUCAGAGCCUGACAACUGAGUGUGUGGAAGUAAAGUUACUGAGUUUGGUGCCAAAAAAGUGGUGGUGGUAAAGGCACAAAGAGGUGACGUCCUGGUUCAGGGGUGUGGGAAGCAAGAAAAGUGUGAGACCCGGAAACGUGUGCAGGUGCAAACAGGAUCCCAAAGCUGGAAGGAGAGGAGUUGUAGAGAUUGUGGAACCCAGAGGGAUUACAGCUUAAGUAAUACAGACGCCUCACAACCAUAAUGAACAUCUACAGGCGCCAGUCAUAGCACACGCCUUUUAAAUCCCCACACUCAGGCAGCUGGAUCUCUGAGUUUGAGGACAGCCUGGGCUACAUAAAGAGACCCUGUGUCACAAAAAAAACAAGCAGAACAACAGAAUCAACAACUGCAGGUGUGAAAAGGAGUAAAUAAAGAGAGGCUUGGCCAGUCUGUAGAGUGAGUUCCAGGACUGCCAGAAGCCCUGUCUGUCUGAAACCCCCACAUAGGGAUGUGGGGGAGCUUAGCUGGCAGGAAGUGAGUGAACUUGUUUGUAGUGUAGGAGGAAGGAGAGUGGCUGGGGCUGGUGGAUUUAACCUUUAGCAGACAGACCUGGAAAGAUGGUAACCCUGCCGUUUUAGGAAUUUGAGGGUCUGUUUUGAGCAUUAUGGUCAACGGCAAGGAAAUGACAUAUUCAAGAGACAGGAGAGAAUGUUUAGAAUUUGGGCACUAAUGUACAGUGUGAUUGUCACUUGCUUCUUUGACUCUUAAACAUGUUUUGUGGAAAGGCUAGGAGUCCAGUUUUAGUAUUUGUAACUGAAUAAAAUUCAUUUAGAUUUAAUGAAUAGUUAUCCCACUGACGUUUGGGAUAACUAUUGCUCAGCAGUUACAGACAUUUAGUGUUGGACAGAAGUAUCAGACCAGGCUGAGAAUUUAGUGAGACUCUGUUUCAGAAUAAGUUAAAAGCAGGCUGGUGCUUACUUAGUGUACCACUAAAUAGUGAUUGUUUGCCUGGUGUGCGUGUAGGAUGCUAGAAUCAACCCAAGCACCAUUUGAAGAGCAGGACAGUGAGCUAAGGACAGUGGGGGACUACGAGAGAGCUGCUCUCUGCUUCCUGCCGUCUCCUGCUCACCCCCAUUGGUGGGGUCUUUCUACAAGAAAAGUGAGGGUGUCUUCAUGAAGUAUGAGCCAUGGCCGUGCUAGGUUGGAUCCUUUCUUUCAAAGUCUUGUGUCACGACUCUCAUCCUGGUUCUUGCUGGGGUCAAGGAAGGAAGGACUUGGCCCCUUAGGCAGUGGGGAGUUGAUUUACUCUUCCCUUUUUGCCACUGUUGAGUGAGGAACAAAUGUGCUUGGGCCCCUGUCACCUAGCGGUGGAUGUCACCUAGCAGUGCAGCUUCUUCUUUAGGAAUAGCCACACAGCAGCUCCCUGGGAUAACUCACAUGUACUAUACGAGUGAGUGCUGCAGGCAUGGUGUGACAUACAGGCAUGUGCAGAGACGGAGCUCAGAGGACAGCUUGUAGGCACUGCCCCUUUCCCAAGCCAGUCGUGGGACUCAAUUUAAGAUGGGAAAUGUCCACAGUAAAACAGCUUUACUACUGUGAAAGCUGAGAGGUGAAAACUUUUGGGUUGGAAGGCUUACUACUUGUCAGGCCUGUCUCCUGAAUCAGAAGCCCAAGACCAGGCCUUCCUUGUGGAGCCUAAUGACCACUCCUGUUCUGUCAUGUAAGGGUAAUUGUACAUAGGAAGAUUCUGUACGUUAACAUAUUGCUGCCCUCUGGCCACACAUAUCUUUAGAACCUUCUAGUCACUGUGCCAGUCGAAAACCUCUGCAUAGCCAGGCAUAGAGGCACACAUCCAUAAUUAAAGAUACACAUAGAUUUUUUUUAAAAUUCAAAUUAAUUGGAAGGAAGGAGGAGCACACAAGUUUGAAGCCAUUCUGAGAUAGUCUUAGAAAAACAUACCUGUACAAAUUCCCACACUUCCUGGGAGGGAGCAGGGACAGUGUAGCUCUCUGAGACCCACUCACUGCUUUGGCUAAGCAAUUCAUCCACGCAGUCAGUCCCAGCAAGACAGCAAGGCCUGUUCCUAAACUAAGACCUUGUCUCACAUCGAAACAGGAAGUUGAACUUAGAACUUCUGAGCCAGGCACCAGGCAUGGUGGCGCACACCUUUAAUCCCAGCACUCAGGAGGCAGAGGCAGGUAGAUCUGAGUUUGAGGCCAGCCUGGUCUACAUGGUGAGUUCCAGGACAGCCAGGGCUGCAUAGUGAGAUUCUGUCUCAGAAAAAAAAAAUGAAUAAAUUAAAAAAAAAUUAACCUGAACUUCAGAGACUGAUAGAAGGGUGGCCCAAGAAUAAUUUAACUUUCCUAUUGCCAAACUUUUGUUGCCUCUGUGUUUAGAAUGCACCUAUAGCUGGGGGGCGGGGGGUGCGUGCACACACACCUUUAAUCCCAGUCAUUUGGGAGGCCACAGCUGCAAGAUCAAGUUUGAGAUAAACUAGUGAGCAAAAUCUUAUCUCCUUAGGGGGGUGGAGUGGGGACGAAAAUCUUCAUUUCUAAGAUGUACUCUGAGGAAGGCAGGGGGCCUGAGCACUGGCUAAGUGUUUACCUGAGUGAUGUUUUAACUUAUGAGAUGAAAACACAGCAGCUAAGGAGUCUAGCCACCGAUGAGUAACUGUAGCCUAUGAAAACCAGAGUUUCUGUGAUAUUCUUAA